GAAGUUUCUGGAAGCUUGGUUUGACCUCCGUAUAAAAUCGGCCAUUUCCGAAAUUUUUCACGAUUUGUUCAUUGCAGUUGUUGUAGGUUACAACUAAUUUUUAAGUUCGUAUUUAAAGUUGUGUGUUCAAUCGAAAAAGUAAUAAAAUAAGAAAAAUGGCAAAAGCACCAGCAGUUGGUAUUGAUUUGGGAACAACUUAUUCCUGUGUCGGGGUGUUCCAGCACGGGAAGGUCGAAAUUAUUGCAAAUGACCAAGGUAACAGGACGACACCUUCAUAUGUCGCCUUCACAGAUACCGAGCGUCUCAUCGGAGAUGCCGCUAAGAACCAGGUUGCCAUGAACCCCAACAACACAGUUUUUGAUGCGAAGCGGUUAAUUGGACGUAGGUUCGACGAUCCCGCAAUACAAGCGGAUAUGAAACACUGGCCUUUCGACGUGGUGAAUGAUAAUGGGAAACCCAAAAUUAAAGUAGACUACAAGGGAGAAUCGAAAACAUUCUUCCCAGAAGAAAUCAGCUCCAUGGUCCUCACUAAGAUGAAGGAAACUGCAGAAGCAUACUUGGGCAAAAAUGUUACCAACGCUGUCAUCACAGUGCCUGCCUACUUUAACGAUUCACAGCGUCAAGCCACAAAAGAUGCGGGAACCAUCUCAGGUCUGCAAGUUCUACGUAUUAUUAAUGAACCUACUGCAGCUGCCAUCGCGUAUGGUCUCGAUAAAAAAGGGCACGGGGAACGCAACGUCCUCAUUUUCGAUUUGGGCGGUGGUACUUUCGAUGUGUCAAUUUUGACAAUCGAAGAUGGUAUUUUUGAAGUGAAAUCUACUGCCGGAGACACUCACUUGGGUGGUGAAGAUUUCGACAACAGAAUGGUCAACCACUUUGUACAAGAGUUCAAACGCAAGUACAAAAAAGACCUGACCAGCAACAAACGUGCCUUAAGAAGAUUGAGGACGGCGUGUGAAAGGGCGAAACGUACCCUUUCAUCAUCCACCCAAGCCAGCAUAGAAAUUGAUUCCCUGUUUGAGGGCAUCGAUUUUUACACCUCGAUCACCCGUGCCCGUUUUGAGGAAUUGAACGCCGAUUUGUUCCGUUCCACCAUGGAACCGGUCGAGAAGGCCAUACGCGACGCCAAAAUGGACAAAGCCCAAGUCCACGACAUCGUCCUCGUCGGGGGCUCCACCCGUAUCCCCAAAGUACAGAAGCUCCUCCAAGAUUUCUUCAACGGAAAAGAAUUGAACAAGUCCAUCAACCCCGACGAAGCCGUGGCCUACGGAGCUGCAGUACAGGCCGCCAUUUUACACGGAGACAAGUCCGAAGAAGUCCAGGAUUUGCUGUUGCUGGACGUUACUCCGCUGUCGUUGGGUAUCGAAACGGCAGGAGGCGUGAUGACUGCCUUGAUCAAACGAAACACCACCAUUCCCACCAAGCAAACCCAGACCUUUACCACAUACUCGGAUAAUCAGCCAGGAGUACUUAUUCAGGUAUAUGAAGGUGAACGUGCCAUGACAAAGGAUAACAAUCUCCUUGGUAAAUUCGAAUUGACCGGCAUCCCACCCGCGCCUAGAGGUGUUCCUCAAAUCGAGGUAACCUUCGAUAUCGACGCCAACGGUAUUUUGAACGUCACCGCCAUCGAAAAGUCCACCAACAAGGAGAACAAGAUCACCAUCACCAACGAUAAGGGGCGUCUCAGCAAAGAGGAUAUCGAACGCAUGGUUAAUGAAGCUGAGAAAUACCGUAAUGAGGACGAGAAACAGAGGAACACGAUCUCGGCCAAAAACGCUCUCGAAUCGUAUUGUUUCAACGUCAAGAGUACCGCCGAAGACGACAAGAUCAAGGACAAGAUUAGCGAGAGCGACAAGCAGACCGUCUUGGAGAAGUGCAACGAGGUCAUCGCUUGGUUGGACGCGAACCAGUUGGCCGAAAAAGAAGAAUACGAGCACAAACAGAAGGAACUGGAAAAUAUCUGCAAUCCCAUCAUCACCAAGCUUUAUCAGGGUGCAGGAGGUGCGCCGGGCGGCGGUAUGCCGGGAGGUUUUCCUGGAGCUGGCGGUGCCGCCCCCGGAGCGGGAGCGGGAGCCGGAGGCGCCGGACCAACAAUCGAAGAAGUCGAUUAAAUCGAACAAGUCUUCGAUCAUCCGUCGUUUGACUCAGUAUUAUAAUUUUUCUUUGCGGACAAUGCUUUGAUAUUUUAUUUUCGGUUACUGUACUCCUUGUCAACUUUAAAAAUUUCGGCCACCAAAGAUUUUUUUUGUUCAAGUUUAAAUCGCAACGAUUUUUUUUUAAACAUUAAUAAACAAGUCGACGAGC